CAGGGAUGUGGUGCUCUGGCACCUGAGCCUGUUGGGCCUUCAGGUCAGCUGGGAAAAGAGCAAACUCUCACCAUUGCAGAGGAUCUCUUUUCUCGGUAUGGAGUUGGAUUCGGUCGAACAGACAGCACGCCUCACAGAGGAACGUGCGCGGUCGGUGCUAGCCUGCUUGAAUACGUUCAAGAGCAGGACAGCGGUCUCACUGAAACUCUUUCAGAGGCUCCUGGGGCAUAUGGUGGCCACAGCGGCACUUACACCGCUCGGCCUAUUACAUAUGAGACCGCUCCAGCACUGGCUUUAUGGCCGAGUCCUGAGGUGGGCGUGGAAGCGCGGCACUCACCGGGUCCAAGUUACACCGGCCUGUCGCCAAACCCUCACUCCGUGGUCAGAUCUGACAUUCCUUUGGGCAGGGGUGCCCCUAGAGCAGAUCUCCAGGCAUGCUGUGGUUUACACGCAUGCCUCCACCACCGCCGGGGGGGCCACGUACAACGGGCAUGCAGUCUCAGGGGUUUGGACGGGCCCGCAGCUGCAGUGGCACAUCAAUUGCCUAGAGUUGUUAGCAACGCACCUUGCCUUGAACCGUCUCAAAGGUUUCUUACGAGGCAAGCCGGUGCUGGUCCGAUUGGACAACACUGCGACUAUUGCGUACAUCAACCGCCAAGGUGGUCUGCGCCCUCGUCGCAUCUCGCAACUCGCCCGCCACCUCCUCCUUUGGAGUCAGAAGGUUCUGAGGUCACUUCUUGCCAUUCACAUUCCAGGCCUGCUCAGUCGUACAGCCGACGAGCUGUCUUGAGCAAUGCUCCCGGGAGAAUGGCGACUCCAUCCCCUGACGGUCCAGCUGAUUUGGAGGCGGUUCAGAGCCGCUCAGGUAGACCUGUUUGCUGCUCCAGAGACCUCUCACUGCCAGGUUUUCGACUCCCUGACCGAGGGAACUCUCGGCACGGACGCACUGGCACACAGCUGGCCGCGGGGCCUACGCAAGUAUGCGUUUCCCCCAGUGAGCCUUCUCGCACAGACAUUGUGCAAAGUCCGGGAGGACGAGGAGCAAGUCUUGCUAGUAGUGCCAUAUUGGCCUACUCGGACCUGGUUCCCCAAACUAGUGCUCCUCUUGACAGCCCCUCCUUGGCCAGUUCCUCUGAGGAGGGAUUUACUGACUCAGAGAUGGGGCACCAUUUGGCACCCUCGUCCAGACCUUUGGAAACUCCAUGUUUGGUCCCUGGACAGGACGCGGAGGUUCUAGGUGGCCUACCCCAAGAGGUAGUUAACACCAUCACUUCGGCAAGAGCACCGUCUACGAGACACGCCUAUGCCUUGAAGUGGAACCUGUUCGUUGAGUGGUGUUCUUCUCGCCGAGAAGACCCCCGAAGAUGCCCGAUUGCGGUCGUGCUAUCCUUUCUGCAGCAAGGGUUGGAGCGAAGGCUGUCUCCCUCCACCCUCAAAGUCCAGGUUGCCGCUAUUGCUGCGUACCAUGACCCUGUGAAUGGGAAGUCUUUGGGUAAGCAUGACCUCAUCAUCAGGUUCCUUAGAGGGGCCAGGAGGUUAAAUCCAUCCCGGCCCCCCUGUAUACCCUCUUGGGACCUGUCUCUAGUGCUUAAAUCACUACAGCAGGCCCCAUUCGAGCCUUUGCAUUCAGUUGAGCUAAAGUUUCUUUCAUUGAAAACUGUGCUCCUGCUUGCACUGGCCUCCAUCAAGAGGGUAGGGGACCUGCAUGCAUUCUCGGUCGACGAUUCGUGCCUAGAGUUCGGGCCGGCUGACUCCCAGGUAAUCCUGAGGCCCCGGCCUGGCUACGUGCCCAAGGUUCCCACUACACCCUUCAAAGACCAAGUGGUGAACCUGCAAGCGCUGCCCCUGGAGGAGGCAGACCCAGCCCUGGCUUUGCUUUGUCCUGUUCGAGCAUUAAGGUGCUACGUGGACCGGACGCAAAGCUUCAGGACCUCAGACCAGCUCUUUGUCUGUUACGGAGGCCGGCAGAAGGGGAAUGCCGUCUCUAAGCAGAGGAUGGCCCACUGGAUUGUGGAUGCCAUAACCCUGGCUUAUCAGGCUCAGGAUGUGCCCUGCCCGUUCAGGUUGCGAGCUCACUCAACUAGAAGUGUUGCUUCCUCCUGGGCGCUGGCUCGUGGUGCCUCGCUGACAGAUAUUUGUAGAGCUGCGGGCUGGGCGACCCCUAACACGUUCGCUAGGUUCUAUAGCCUUCGUGUAGAGCCGGUAUCCUCCUGUGUUCUCACCUCAAACGGGUAGUGGCACUGAGAGGCCCCGGUUAGUGUCGGCUUGCUAAAACUGCUCCAGAGUGUCCACCCUGUUGAGAUCCUCCAUCACCCUAGGCAGCUGGACGCGGCGGAACGUCCGGCGCCAGGCCUUCAUGAUGAAUCCGUGAGAACCAUGGAAGGCUGGGCUCCAUAUUGAGACCUAAGUGGUACUCGUAUGUGUAUAGUCCACGGUAUAGCCUUAGAGCCCGUGUUUCCACGGCAGACU